CGGGACUCGGGGAAGUGACGCAUCGGGGUGGGCGAGCUGGGGACGUGCUCUCAGUGCUCGGCUAGUAUGUCUGCACUGACGCGGCUGGCACCUUUCGGUCGUGUCGGAGGCCGCCUGCUCCGGGGCUGCCGCGCGCGGGCGAUUGGAGACGGUGGAGUCCGUCAUGCUGGCGGCGAUGUGCAUAUUCAGCCACGGUACAGGGAGUUCCCCCAACUUACCCGGUCCCAGGUGAUCCAGGGUGAGUUCUUAAGCUCCCUCAUGUGGUUCUGGAUUCUCUGGCGCUUUUGGCAUGACUCGGAUUCUGUGCUGGGUCACUUUCCAUAUCCAGAUCCUUCACAGUGGACAGAUGAAGAAUUAGGCAUCCCUCCUGAUGAUGAAGACUAAAAGAGUAAACAAGUACAAGAGCCAGGUGAGAUGUUUCCAGAAAUCACAGACUUCAUAUUAGAAGUUGUAAAUUAAAAUGGCUUGCCAAAAAUUU